ACGACAACAACCACAACAAGAAACUAUUUUGAAAAUGUUGUUUUAUCUUUUUAAAUUGUUGGCCAUCAGCACUUCGUUGGCAGCAGCAACAUCGACACAUGGCGCCGCACUCGAACACAAUCCCAAAAAACGACAAAUCUAUCGUGAACAGGUCUUACCACAUGCCGGUGGAAGGAUACCAGAUACAGCAUUUGAAACGGAUCGACUAUUUCUAAAUCAACUACAAAAGGAUGGUAUCGCAGUACCGGAUGGCAUACUGCCAGAACAACGCAACCAACAAGUAUAUCCCUUCUUCAAUCGCCCCUCACGCAAAGUGUUUCGCAUUGCAUUGAGUUCUGACGGCCGCUAUAUACCACAAGAAGGGCGUUAUCAUUAUCAAGAACUACCAUCGAUAGACACGACCUAUUUGUAUCCCCAGAUUCACGGACAAAAGAACACAUUGUCACCCGAUAGUGUAACUCUUCCCGUCUACAGUCCAUUUCGCAUUCACAACCCACUACUGAAUCAAGUUAAAUUUCAGCCCAAGGAUAAAUCACAAUUCCAAAAUGUCUCUCCGUUCGGUGGCAACAAAUCUUUGGGUAAAGCAAAAUCCUAUCAAAAUGUGAAUAUUUUGAAUUCGCCAUUGUCACCGAUAACUGGAAAAGGUUCGGUGGUACAGCAUGGUGUCAGCGGUGGUGGCCCCAAAAAUUACUUACCCGAUUAUACGUUGUCAAGCCAGAGUCAUCUAUUCAAUGAUUUUGAUGAAUUAUUUAAUCAAUUCGAUGUCAACGACCCGAACGCUAAGAAAUCGCAUUCAUUUCCUGAAUCGGAAGAAAAGAAAUUUGAAAGGGUUAGCGAGAACGUUAUUAAAUUCCUAACAAUACCUGAGGAGAAUGGAGAGGAUUUGGUGCAAGUUCUUAAAUAUGACAAGCUUUCAGCUGAAGAGUUUGAAACAAAGUGGAUUUCUUGUGCCAACUAUAGACUUAAUCAAGUACUUAACGAAUGCAGUAGCCUACGAGAGAUUCUUAAAAAGUGGCCUGAAUAUAAAUCACAUUAUAAGUUGAUUGAUAUUGACUUCUCAAUAAUGCAUAAAUCGCACAACAAAAUGCUCAACUGGGACCAAAAAAUCCUAAAGUUGUUUAACUUUUUGAAAAAAUCUAAGCAACUUAAAUGUCAUGGUGAGUCAAAAAUGUUAGAAACUCUCCAGGACGAAGAUUUGGAAAAGGCUCUCAUCGUUUUCAAGAUGCUAUCUCAACGUUUUCUUGCCACAAUUUGUCUCAGCUUAGUCUCGGCCUAUGCGGUCUAUGCCAUUCAAGUUCAGACCUAUGGCCACCUCUUCCACCCGCCAGCCGCUGAAGCCCCCCACCACAAGGAGGAGAAACAAGAUUUGAAUAAAAUUCCCGGAGUGCCAGGUGUUGACUAUCCCGUUUAUCACGAGGUACCCCAUACCUCGUUCUCUUGUGCCCAUGUUCCGGCCGUACCCGGUAUGUAUGCCAAUGUUGAGACUGGCUGUCAAGCUUAUCACGUCUGUCACGAUGGUCGCGAAGGACAUCAGGGAGCAUCGUUUUUGUGUACCAACGGUACCAUUUUUAAUCAGAAAGAAUUUGCCUGCGAUUGGUGGUACAACGUGAAAUGUGAAGAGGCUGUUAAUUACUAUCAUUUGAAUGCUGAUCCUGAACACAAUCCGUAUACACCAAAAAAGAAAAUCAUUGAAGAGGAACAUUUGGCACCCGUUGAUCCCCAUCAUGGUCAUGGUUUUCUAAUUCAUGCUUAA